GGGAAAAAAAAAUAAAAAGAAAAUGGAGAAGAGGAGAAGUGCUAUCUUCCAGUUCUUCCUUCCCGGCAACCUCGCCUCAUUAUCGUCUUUCGUUUCGGGAUUCUCUCCCUCAAUCCUCUCUCUCCCUCUCCUAUCUAUGCGCACUCACUCUUUACCAUCAAAUGGAGUCAACCUCUCUCGUCUCCAAAGCCAAAACGGCUUUCCAUUCAGCGGCUGCGAAAGCGGAGAAAGUUCUGACGGACAUUAAAGGUGAUUCAAAGACCGAUCGAGAAACCGACGGACAAUCUCAAUCGCAGAGGGGUUCAAGGGAGCUAGUGGAGCAGGAACCUAUUCCUAUAAAGAAUGGAGUGAGCUACGACGAAACCGAGCAGGCAAAAGAGAAACCUGCACUCUUGAGGAGAAGGCAGGAUUGGCAGGACAGGUUGAAGAUCAUUACAAGAGGGAAAUCAGGAGUGGUAGAUAAGGAUAAAUUUGAAAAGUUGAAUUUGGCUGCUUUGUCUCUUGAUGAAUAUCUGGAUCAGAUGGAAGCAGGAGAUGUUUCUGAAAUGAAGGUUUCAGAAAGGGAUUCCACUGUAAGGGAAGAUACGAAUGUUGCUGGGACACCUAAAAUUCCUCCAGCUUCCGCUGUUAGGCAAUUGGGAAUCGCUGUCGAAGCAGGAAAGAAGUUUAAAUCAAUGAAAGAUUUGCUGGCAUCAGCCAGAGAUUCCUCCCCUGUAAAAGAGAGGGCAGGCUUGAGCUUCUCUGCCGUGAAGUCUUUGGUGCUUCGUGAAAAGGAUGAGAAAUUAACUUCUCAGCUUGUCGAUGAUGAAAUCCUGUCAUUGAUCCAUUUUCUAUUUGAUGCAGAUGGACACUUACCCAGGAGAAAGGAUGCAUCUGAUUCAGCAACAGCUACAGCACCAUCUUUGCCAAGAGAUGUUCAUGCAGCUCCUCCAGAUGGUUUUGUUGUUAGGCUCUCUGAAGUGAUUGGAACCUUCAAGACCGUCCGGAAAAUGGCAUUAUUUUGGUGCACAGUGGUUGAUGAAUUGAGAAGACGUUGGUCCGAAGGACAACCGGUUCCUGGUAUACCCCUGGAUGAGAGCCCAGACCUAAACUCAUGUCUUCUGCAUCAGCAAUUGCAAGUUAUUAAUAGUUGUAUUUCAAGGAAACAGCGUCGCAAUGCUGCCACUGAGGUGCUGGAUUCUAUAAUGAGAGAAGCCAAUCCAGAUGUCGAGCAGUCAGUUGAUUCUCAUGGCAUGGUGUCUAUGGGGCCAGUAUUGUAUGCCAGGAGUAGCGAUGGAGACCUUGUUCUCCGACUUGGAGCUGAUCAUCUGUCAGAAAAUUUAACCAUGUUAGAAACUGGUGAACCUGUGUACUCUCCAGUUACACAGGAGGGACCUAUUCUUACGGAAGAUCUUAUCAGAGAAACAGAAGAAUUUGUGCUACGAACAGGAAGUUUAGGUGCAGGGUGUUCUCAACUCCUGUCUGACAUGCAGGCUUUCAAGGCUGCAAAUCCUGGCUGCAUUUUGGAAGAUUUUGUAAGAUGGCACUCUCCCCCAGAUUGGAAUGAAGCCGAGCCAAGUAAUGAGAUUAAAGACUGCAUUCACGAAGCAGAUUCAUCAUCUAGAAGAGGUCAACUAAGUUCCAGAAUGCAAAAAGAAGGUAAUUUGUGGCGUGAACUGUGGGAAACUUCUAAACCAUUGCCUGCUGUUAAACAAGCACCACUCUUUGAUGAGGAUUUAGCAGUGGAAAGUAUCUUGAAUAUUCUGGAGGACAUCCCCCCUUCUGAACUUUUCAAGCAGCUGUUUCUUUCAUUACUAUGUUCAGUAUUUGUAAUUGCUGAAGCUACACUCUCGACAAAUAGUAACUUUUCCAAGCCAUUCUACGAUUGCAAAGACUACAUAAAUGCUACAUGUCAGCAGGAUUUCUGGAGUGAUAAUAUAGAUGGUCUCUUGCAGGUCUAUGAAACUGUGGAGACAAUCUUAGUUCAUCCAGAGGAUGGCCUGAAGAUCAUUGAGCAUUCAGAAGAAACAUCCCCAGGUGAACCAAAGCGUCGUUUUAAGAGACUUAGUCUCAAUUUCGGAGGCAGAGAUGGAAAUUUCUUGAGAAGAACAGCCUCAAAAGACCAGAAGAAAGCAGAUGAAAAUCCUACACGCCCAGUAUUUUCUACUCUGUUUGAUGGGAAGUCUUCUCUAUUUGCAAAGAAACCACCCAAGCCAAAUAGCGCAUCACAGACUGAUCUAUCCCAAUGUUUAGAUGAAAAUGAAUGGACAGUUGUUUAAAUAUGUACAUAUAUUGCAAUUUUGUUCCUUGGGCAAUUGAUAAAUAAUCUGUAAAUAUGCAUCCAUUUGAAAUUGCCACAGAUACAUUAUUAUUGGUUCUUGUAUGGUUCUGAAAUGAAAAUUCAAGAGGUUUUGAAACCA